CAGUCCAUUGCCUGCCAGGGGCCAAGAGCUGCUCUGAUCACCCAAGGAUUCUCCCUCCCAACCCAGGUGCCUCCAACUGACCUCUGACUCCUGACCUCUGGCCCUGCCCUGCCCUACCUACGGGCCUGGGAAACCCCUAAAAGUUCUGCUGUAGACGUGAGUGUUGACGCCUGGCUCCCCUAGAGCGCAGAGGCUGUGCCGGGGCUCAGCUCUCAGCCCCCCGUCUGGCCCACCAUGGCCCGGAGGCUCCAGGAUGAGCUGGCUGCCUUCUUCUUUGAGUAUGACACUCCCCGAAUGGUUCUCGUGCGCAACAAAAAGGUGGGUCUUUGUCUAUGAGAAGGGCUACCAGUCCUCGAGUGGCCUCAUCAGCAGUGUGUCUGUAAAACUCAAGGGUCUGGCUGUGACGCAGAUCCCAGGCCUGGGCCCCCAGGUCUGGGAUGUGGCUGACUACGUCUUCCCAGCCCAGGGGGACAGCUCCUUCGUGGUCAUGACUAAUUUCAUCGCAACCCCCAAGCAGGCUCAAGGCUACUGUGCAGAGCAUCCGGAAGGGGGCACGUGCAAGGAUAACAGCAGCUGCACUCCAGGGAAGGCAGAAAGGAAGGCCCAAGGCAUCCGCACUGGCAAGUGUGUGGCCUUCAACAACACUGUGCACACGUGUGAGAUCUUCGGCUGGUGCCCCGUGGAGGUGGAUGACGACAUCCCACGCCCUGCUCUUCUCCGAGAGGCUGAGAACUUCACUCUCUUCAUCAAGAACAGCAUCAGCUUUCCACGCUUCAAGGUCAACAGGCGCAACCUGGUGGAGGAGGUGAAUGCCAGCUACAUGAAGACCUGCCUCUACCACAAGGUCUCACACCCUCUGUGCCCUGUCUUCAAUCUCGGCUAUAUGGCACAAGAGUCAGGACAGAAGUUUAGCACCCUGGCCGAGAAGGGCGGGGUGGUGGGCAUCACCAUCGACUGGAAUUGUGACUUGGAUUGGCAAGUACGACACUGCAAACCCAUCUACGCGUUCCACGGGCUGUAUGAGGAGAAAAAACUGUCUCAAGGAUUCAACUUCAGGUUUGCCAGGCACUUCGUGGAGAACGGGACCAACCACCGGCACCUCUUCAAGGUGUUUGGGAUUCGCUUUGACAUCCUCGUGGAUGGCAAGGCUGGCAAAUUUGACAUCAUCCCCACCAUGACUACCAUCGGCUCUGGGAUUGGCAUCUUUGGGGUGGCCACGGUUCUCUGCGACCUCUUGCUUCUCCACAUCCUGCCCAAGAGACAUUACUAUAAGCAGAAGAAAUUCAAGUACGCGGAGGACAUGGGGCCAGAGGGCGAGCGGGACCCUGCGGCCACCAGCUCCACCCUGGGCCUGCAGGAGAACAUGAAGACGUCCUGACUCUCAGCCCUGACUCCUGACUGGACGCAGCGUGAGGCUAUUACAGGCAGCGGCCGUUAACGGGGUCCCAGCCGGGCAGAGAGGUCUCCUCCAGAACUUUCCCUCCCUCUCAGCCAGGCAGAUACCAGGUUGUCAGCAGCUCAGGGUAGAUACUGGGGAGACCUGUGCAAUUCUGAGCUCUGGAUCCUACCCUGUACCCUGCCAAGAAGACCUCACCCAGCCUCAGCCUCUCCUGCUGCGGAGGCGCUGGGGCUGGGCCGGGCUCCUCUCACACUCCUGUCCUGGAGCUUGUGCUUCUCUCUGGGCCCUCAUCCAUCCCACUGCCUCACGUCUCUAGACCUGUGCUCUCCCAUAUGGCAGCCACUAGCCACAGGCGAUUAUUUAAAUUUAAAUUAAUUAAAAUGGAAUAAAGUAAAAACUUCAGUUCCUCAAAUUAACCACAUUGCAAGUGCUAAGUAGCCACCAGUGGCUGGGUGGCUGCCAUAAUAGACAGCACAGAAUGUUUUCAGCACCACAGAAAGUUCUAUUGGAUAGCUCUGCUUGUGCCCUGUUUUUCAGUGGCCUCAGAUUUUCUUGAGGAGCUUGUUAAUUAUGCAGGCCCAACCCAGACCUCCUGAACCAGAAUCUCCAGGGCUGGCCACGUGAUCUGCAAGGACAGCAGACUCCCCAGGCCAUUUUAAGGACCUGUGUUUAAAAUGGUCUGGAUCAGGUUUCAGACUUAGCCUGGGCUUGUAUCACCUGGAAGGUGCUGGUAGUGAGGAGGUGUGUGGUGUGCUCACAAGCCACUGGGUGUCUCAUGUACACGCCCCCAUGUGCACACUCACCAGAAUGCACAUUCCCCCUUCUAUCCACACUGUGUGUUUGAACAGCUUGGGCCCUGCAAACAACCAUCUGAACACACCUACACCCCCAAGCAUAGACAUCUGGUCCGUGCCACAUCACCUCCAUGGGAAAUGCUUCUCCCCAAGGGCGUCAGGCCAGGACAGCCCCUUCAGCCAUGAAUGCUUACUCAGCUACCUCUGGCCUGGUGGGAGCCUGGGCCAAAUCCUGGGCUCCCUGCCUGUGGCCUAGCCCCAGCUCCCAAGGCCUGCCUGGCUCAGUCUGAACACAAGGUCUGGGGAAAGCAAGGGGUGGAGUACAAUAAAGGCAAU